GAGGGAUUAGAGCGUGCUCUGUCUUGGUUACACUCAGACUAACUGUCGUACGGUGAAAUAACGUGAUAGAGGAGCGAGAGAACAAGGAUUUCUUUGACCAUAUCACUUCAACCCAGCUUGGACUGUUUUCACCUGAUAUGGAAUACCAGCUUGUGCAGAUGGAAGCAGGUCUUCUCUUCGCGUCCCAUGCUACUUCUCUUCCUCCUUCUUGUCUUAUUUUUUGCUGAGGAAAUCAACUUGAAAUUUCCAGGAGAUUUUUAUUUAUUUUUUUUUUUUUGUGUGUGACUGUCAUUCUGGCCCCCUACUGACACAGCACGUAGGACACUGGAGAGAUUUGGGAUUUGUGUGGGCAGACAAGAAAAACAGAAAGACAAACAGAACGGCUGUGAUUGACAGCUUUGGUCAAUGAACCAUUCUGAAUUUCAUUUGAAUGUAAUUUAGUUUUGAGACACGUUUGCUGGUUUGAUUGCAGGUGAUACCAGCGACAACCGAAUAGAGGUUAAAGAUAGAGCAGGUUUCCUCUCUUUCUCUUUUAAUCCAACCAACUCUGAACUCUGAGAGAGGUUUGGACAAUUUCUUUCAUCAUAGCAUGUUUAUUUACAUUUCACAUUGUCCAAAGUGACACUUCUUCAUAGCAGAAUUAAUCAGAGAUAGUCACCCUAAACAGCCCAGGAUCAGUCAUGCACCCCAGGUCAAUCUACUUUGACCUCCCGCUCUUGCUAGGUGUGCUCCUGUUGUGGGGACCCACGGGGUCCAGGGGCCAGAAUGACACGGAGCCCAUCAUCCUUGAGGGGAAAUGCUUGGUCGUAUGUGACUCCACUCCUUCAUCUGAGCCGGCCGGUAACGCGCUGGGCAUGUCGGUCCGCUCCGGCUCCGGCCGGGUGGCCUUCUCCGCCAGCCGCCAGACCAACCACGAGCCCACGGACAUGAGCAACCGCACCAUGAUCAUCUAUUUUGAUAAUAUCCUGGUGAACGUCGGCACUCAUUUUGACCAAGAGAGCAGUGUCUUCCUGGCACCAAGGAGAGGAGUGUACAGCUUCAACUUCCAUGUUGUAAAGGCCUACAAUAGACAAACUAUCCAGGUCAGCCUGAUGGUGAACGGCUGGCCGAUGAUUUCAGCUUUCGCCGGGGACCAGGACGUGACCAGAGAAGCUGCCACCAACGCCGGCCUGGUGAUUAUGGAGAAAGGGGAUAAGGCCUACCUCAGACUGGAGAGAGGCAACCUGAUGGGAGGCUGGAAGUACUCCACCUUCUCUGGGUUUCUGGUCUUCCCCUUGUGAGAAAGGUGGAUGGGGAGCAGGUUGAAGUGUUGUAUAGGUGAUGGGAGGAGAGUUGGAUGGAGGAGGAGUGAGAAUGACUUAAAGGGAGGAGUGACGGAGCAGAGGGAGACGCGAGGGGAAAAGAUGUAGGAGAGAAGAAAGGUUUCAAUCUGUAUCUCAUUAUAAAGCGCAUGAAAGAAUGUGUUUUCUGUUAAAUGCAGAGAAAAGAUGUUCAAAUUAAGAUCAUUUUCACCUGAGAAAAAAAUUAAUAAUGAAAAAGUGGGGAAAAAGAGGUUUGUCUGUGAUUUUAUUUUGCUCUGUUUCUGUGUAUGAAUAUUUGAUGGGUUUAUUUAAGAGACAUUUUAAUUGUGACAAAAUUAUAAAGUAGCCAUGUGCAAUGUGGGCUCCUGUGCAAAAACUAGGUGAGAGCAUUUGUCUUUUUUUUUUUGUUCAAAAUGUUUGAAACACUGCUGCGCUCCACAUGGCGUCCUGUCUAGCUUACAAACUCGCCAAACUUCCCCUUUAUUCUGCUGUUGUUGUAUGACUGAUGCUUCUCUAUAUGCCUGUUAGUCUCCUGCAACAAAUGUUUAUUUACACAGAAAUUUCUAUUGAGGAGAAAUAUUAAAAUAAUAAAGUUGA